AUUAAAUUUGUAUUUUUUUAACCAAUCAAGAAUACGCCUACAUAUUUCAUUUCAAAAAUUUAAAAAUUGUGCAAUAGGUAUAAUCUGGCUGUAAUCUAUGUAUUAUGUAUGCCGGUCGGUACGAUAGGUCCGAUUGGACAGGGUCGUUAGGAUGACAUUAUAAAUAUGGAGGGGUUGAUUUUCCGAAGGGUAAAUAGAGCAAGAUAUAGUCAUUUUAGUACUGAAGAACAAAGCCGGACUGAGUGCUCUGGAUUCCAUUCAUUCAAGGAUAUUACAGUUUAUAACCUUAAAAAGAUUGUCUUAGCGGUUUUGUUUCUUCCUUCCAGUGCUUCACCUUUAACGAUAACUAUUCCAAAAAUGAAUUCGCAUAAAAAAUAAAAGUCGUUAAAAUCGUGCUUACGCACGGAAGUAUCUAACAAACGCGUAUUGAUUAAAUUUCAAACAAUGAUAUAAAUACCUUAGUUUAAUACCGCCCCUUUUCUGAACAAUAACUGAUCAAAUACAGAAAAUAGUAACAAAAUACUUUAUGUGAUAUAUAGACACAGAGAGAAAGAAUCAACCAACCAACCUAAUACUUCAAAUAUAAAACAAGUCUGUUUUAAUACAACACCAAUUAUCAUGUCAUCAAGAAGCAGCUGCAGAAGAAACUCCUUUUUGAGGAGAAUUUUUGUUCCUAUAUUUACAUUUGGCCUGCUAUUAUACAUUAUUGUUUAUCUCUGGCAGUUUGCAUAUACUGAUGUUGACCGGAAUAUUAUAAGGCAUCAAUUGGAAGAGAUGAUACAUAAUAAAGCAAGUAAACAAGCCUGCAAACAGCCAAACUUGCCAGUAUUUUCCCAGGAGAUGAUGAAUUUUGUUAGGUAUGUACCUCCAAUUGAUUGCUCAAAGGCUACACCCAAUUGGGUAACUUGUGAGAAUUAUGAAUGCCACAUAUCACAUGAUAUCAUAAUGCAAAAAGGACCUAUAACAUGUUCGUUCACGGAUAUAAUAAGAUUGGGUGAUUCCCGUUUCUCUGAAGGGGACACCAAGAAAUCAGACUCUAUGUACAGAAUGGAAGCCAGUGAUGUGGUUAAAGUUGAUUGCCAUGCAGCAAAUGAUGCUUGGAAUGGUGUGCUUACGACGACACGAUAUGACCAACACGUUUGGGAUCGCACCGGCUGGGAGUACACAGAUGAAGAGGGGCUAAAAAUGAAUGUGCUGAUUUUUGCGAUUGAUUCAAUUUCGAGAAAUACGAUGAUACGGAAACUACCAAAAACUUACAAAUAUCUCACUGAGCAGCUAGGAGCGUUAGUUUUGGAAGGAUAUAAUAUCAUUGGCGAUGGAACGCCGCAAGCAUUAACUCCAAUGUUGACCGGAAAGACUGAACUUGAGUUACCAGAGACGCGGAAGCGAGUGAAAGGUGCUAGCUAUGUAGAUAUUUAUCCAUUCAUUUGGAAUGACUAUAGAAAGAAUGGGUAUGUUACUGGUUAUUUGGAGGAAGGUGCCGACAUUGGUACUUAUACAUUUCGAUUGAAAGGAUUUAAUGUUCAACCAACCGAUCAUUACGGUCGCACAUAUUAUUUAUCAUCCGCUGGAUUUUUUAAAAAGUCACCACAAAUGUGCGCUGGUUCAACUCCUAAGCAUAAAGUCAUGUUGGACUUUGUGAAAAGCUUCUUCAAUGUGUACAAAUCAAGGCCGAAAUUUAUGUUUGCGUUCCAAGCUGAUUUGUCGCACGACAACUAUAACUUAAUUGGUGCAGCUGACUUGGAUUAUGUAGAUUUUUUACAGAGUUUACACAAUUCUGGUGCUUUGAAUAAUACUCUAUUGAUAACUAUGGCAGAUCAUGGUCAUCGAUUUGCGGAAAUCCGAAAUACAUUCCAAGGAAAAUUGGAGGAACGAUUACCGUUCUUUUCAUUCACAUUCCCACCAUGGUUCAAAACCAAGUACAAGCGCGCAUACGAUAAUUUCAAAGGCAAUUUGAAAACCCUAGUCACCCCGUUCGAUAUUCAUGCCACUCUGAAAAGCGUUCUGCAUUUAGGAAGUUUGGAAAAAGCGAAUCUCUCCGAACGUUCGUUGUCAUUAUUUAGUCAUAUUCCACAAGAACGUGGUUGCGCCCAAGCCUUUAUCGAACCACACUGGUGCGCCUGCUUAGAUUGGCAGCCGGUUGACUUGACCUUGCCCGUCGUGGAGCGCUUAGCGGCGGCAUUCACAAAUAUUCUGAACAAUUACACGUCGGUUGUACGCAAUCAAUGCGAAACGCUCAGCAUUGGAUCAGUAUUUUGGGUGAAUAAACUCACCCCUAAUGAUAAUCUGAUUAAAUUCAAAAACUCGAAGGAUAACGACGGUUUUGUCCCGGACCUCACUGGCAAUACGCAAAUUUCGACUAUGCUCUAUCAGAUUAAAUUGAAACUAUUUCCGGGUGCCGGUAUAUUUGAAGCCACCCUAAUUCAUAAUUUGGAUCAAGAUGUGUUCACCGUAAAAGAGGAGGAUAUAAGCAGGAUUAACGUGUACGGCACACAGCCGUGGUGUAUUGCGACGACGCAUCCAAAUUUGAGGAAAUUUUGCUAUUGUAAACAGCAAAAUUAGAGCUAGGUGAUUACAUAUUAAUUGUAUUGAUUUCAUUAAUCAAUACGAAUACGGACCACUUUGUUCAAUCUAUAUCACGAAUAGUCAUAAUCUCAUUUGAAUCUUGUGAGGAUGUGUAUUUAAAACGUCAAAUGAUAAUAAUUAGAUUUUUGUUGGUAUUGUGAUCUGAACCUUUGUAACUUAAACGUUUUGAUGUUACUGUACUAGUCAGAAGUGACUUAUUUUGAAUAAAAUUUAUUUAAGGUGUAUAAAA